ACAUGCAGUAAACCGAUUAAGAGUGUCUUGCUGUAUAAGGUUUACUUUUAAGCUCCUUACGCAGGGUGCUUCAUGGAAAAGUGGCGCCUUUCUUCGAAUGUGCCCUAGAAAAAAAACUAGUACGGAAUGCUGCAGCCUGAUAUCCAGUGGGUAAACUGAGGUCCUGUCACAACCACAGGACACGUUUUAAGCAAAGCUGUAGAAGAGAAAAGUGGGCUCAUUUAUUAUGCUUUUUCUAAACCGUUGAUAGAAGAUAUAAAUUUAACCAAGGUGUGCUACUAUAAUACCAAGAAGUCAAGCUUCCCUGAGGAAUACUUUCAUAGAAGUUAAGGAUCUACAAAUCUGAAUCGCACCGCACUCUUGGAAAAGGGACUAUAUCAUGGAGACCACCCUUUUCAUCUGUAUCUUGUUGACCUGUGCUGUGGCAACACAAAGUGUGCCUCCUACAAUACAAGCAGGUCAGACUUCAACAAUGCCUCAUCUGACUGGCUGCUUUUCUCGAGAGCUGAUGACUUUCCGUUGUCAGUGGGAGACUGAAUCCCUCCAGAACCACACGGAACUCAAGGAUCUGAGACUUUUCUACAUAUUAGAAAAGGAUUCUAAGAAAUGGAUGGAAUGUCCAAGUUACAGUUCUAUAAGGAAAAAUGAAUGCUACUUUGAUUCCAGUAACACCAUUAUAUGGUUCCCUUAUGUGGUCCAGCUGCGUUCACGCUCUCUUGACGUUGUUUAUGAUGAAAUGUCCUUCAACGUGGAGGACAUUGUGUUUCCAGACCCGCCUGUAGGACUGAACUGGACUCUUUUGAGCAAGGGCUCAACUGGCUUAAUCUAUGAUGUGGUUGUGAGCUGGGAUCCACCCCCAUCUGUUGCAGAGAAUGUGAAGACAGGAUGGAUCUUGCUGGUAUACGAGACACAGUACAGAGAAAAGGGUUCAGACCAGUGGAACUCACUGGAUAAUGGCAAAGACACACAGGCGUACAUCUAUGCUCUGCGCAGCAACAUUGAAUACGAAGUCAGAGUCAGGUCAAAAAUGAGAGACUACAACUUUGGUGUCUUCAGUGAAUCCAUCUUUAUACUCAUUCCUAACAAAGAAUCAAGAAUUCCUAUUACAGCUGUGUUGGUCUUUGCUGCCGUUGGUAUUGUGAUUAUUUUGAUGCUGGUUGUAGUUUCACGUCAACAAAAGUUAAUGGUGAUUUUCCUGCCGCCAGUCCCUGGACCAAAAAUCAAAGGAAUUGACCCUGUACUUUUACAGAAAGGUCAGCUGACUGAAUUCACGUCAAUCUUAGGCACUCACCCCGGCUUGCGGCCAGAACUGUACAGCAACGAUCCAUGGGUAGAGUUCAUAGAGGUGGACAUCGACGAACCGCAUGAGAGCCUGGAGGAGCUUCUUAUUGCCGAUUCUCCGGUCUCUGACUCUCCUCAAAUGUCCAGUAGUUUCAGGGAUGAUGACUCGGGUCGGGCUAGCUGCUGUGAUCCGGAUCUGUCAGAUCACGAUCAAACGGAUCUACAUCAUCCUUCAACAAGCAGCCACGAUGGUUUCCACCCAUUGUUACGCGCACAGUCUGGGCCACAGCAACCGGCAGCCUUCUCUCCACAAGACACUACCUGGUCAAACAGUCUUUACUCACAGGUCAGUGACGUCACUCAUCAUGGUGGAGUUGUACUUUCUCCUGAAGAGAAAGAAACGAUGGCUCUGAAGGGUAAAAACCACAAUAAAGGGAAAGAAAUCCAACAGUUGGUGGUGAUCCCUGAUGAAAGAGGCUACACCUCCGAGUUUGUUGCCAGCACAAUCAGCACCCACCACAAUAAACCAAACCCACUGACAGACCAAUUACAGAGUCAAGAACAACACGGUGCAUUCAGAGACCUUCAAAAACUUAGCACUGAGACUGUUACAUCCAUUCAGUCCACAGCAUUUCCCAUCCUUGCAAAGCCUACCAGUCCAGAGUACACCAUGGUAGAUGGCGUGGACUGGAAAAACAGUCUCCUCCUGAAACCAAAUACACCAACCGCCCCAGAGAAGGCAGCAGUGAAGACUUUGCCCACUCCUGAAGGGUACUUGACUCCUGACUUACUCGACAACAUUACACCUUAACUAAAAGUGGAGUACGCUUGCGCUCUUUGUGAGAUAUCUUACAUGGUUAGCCAAAAUCAAACAAGAUGUGUGAUCCAUGAGAAGGGAAUUUUGAAACGAAGCAAUUUCUCAAGCUUUCUCCAGUGGAAUAGAUGUCAUGAAACAAAUCUAUUGGCAAGCUAAUAAAUGGCUGUAUUAGGCCUGGAGUCUUUUCUGUAUUCUCCUAAUUUGGAGGGUUAACAGCUUCAAGGGUUAGUUUGAGCAGAUAUGGAGCAGAAGUAUAUUAGCUGGCUGUUUACUGUCAUAAAAAGAUAACAACUGAUAUUUUAUGCUCUCACAUGUUAUAUAACAGCUAUAUUGCUGAAUUAACGCUCCAUAUUUUGUGCGUUUGUAUUGUUUUCAGUGCACUAACUACCAACUACAUGUCUGUGUAAACUGUAAAGUGCCUACUUUAGAAUAUAUUUCAACUUUAGUGUUAAAAAAAAUAAGUGCACAUUUAAAUCAAAGGGGAUUAUGUGAAUUGUUACAGGCUUUUGUCCUCAGUGCCAUUUUUUCCUUCCAUAAAAGACUGGACAGGCUUUUGUGCCUCAAUGUAAAUAUGGUUAAUUUGGUUUUUAUGACAAGCUUUCUUAGCUGCAAAAGAAACACACACACACACACACCUUAAACUGGUUUACUGGACUCUCACAUUGGUCUUUAAGUGGUUUUGGGCCACUUUCUAGACAGACAGGAUUCCUGUUAAACACUGGCUAUGCCAGGCUGUAAAACCAUCUAAAACAACAGCAACUUUUUUUAUUGUCAGCAGGGUUGUCUACUCAUUGCUAUGUUUUAGCCUUGGUUCAUGUUUUUAAACUAUAAUGUGACUAUAAUGUGUACAGUACAUACGAGGUAUCUCUAAAUAAAUGGCAGCAAUGAA